UUUUCCAGCUUUCUGGAUAAAUAUGGCACGAGGCAUAUUAAAACAGCAUUUUAUUCGCCGCAAGGUAACGCUGCAGAGCGGGUCAACAGGUCCGUGUUGCAGAUGGUGCGGUCAUAUAUAAAAGACAACCAGAAAAGUUGGGAUAAACACAUCAGUGACGCUGCGUUUGCACUUCGUAGCGUAGUCCAUUCCGCGAUCAACUGUUCCCCGUAUUUUGCGACUUUCGGUAUGCCGAUGAUACAACAUGGUGCAUCAUACGAGAUAUACCGAAAGCUCGGCACGAUAAAGGACGCGGAUUCUCAGGUUGACUCCAAUGUAGACCGGUUACAGCUUAUACGGGACAAAGUAAUCAAAGAACUGAAGUUGGCGCACGAAAAGAGUGCCAAAGCAUAUAACACAAGAAGUAGGGAUGUCAAAUUCAAAAUCGGGCAGGUGGUAUACCGUAGAAACUUCCGACAGAGUUCCCAAAUAGACAAUUAUAAUGCGAAACUAGCACCAAAACAAGUUAAAUGUGUAGUCCUCAAAACUAUCGGGAACUAUAUGUAUGAGCUUGGUGAUACUAGCGGGAAGAAAGUCGGAGUAUACCACGCCAAAGAUAUAUUUGUAGCUUGAUUUUUGUAUGAUCAAUGUAGUUAUUGUGGUCAAUUGGUUGUUGUGGUCGCAUGUUUAGGUUUGUGUCGACGUACAUUUAUGUUAAUGUCUGA